GAUUCUCAUUUUGGCUCCUAGCUGGUAUUUUUCUUACGUCGUUCUAGUUCACUGUCUAGCGUUGCACUGAAAUUCCACUCGCUGCUGCCCUCCAACGCUGCACCAUCCUGGUUCAUGGUGUUCUUCUUGCAAAGGCAAUGAAACGACGGCCUAACGAGGCAAUGACAUUAGAGAAGGGGAUGCUCUAGAAGAUUUAAUACCUGGGUUCCAGGAAGUACGCCUAACACCCCAACUAUAAAAUUUCAGCACAUUUGCACGCACCCUCUCGUCUUUCACGAUGAUACGUGGAACCAUUACCCAUAACCAGGACACUCAUCGGCCAAUGGAAAAUACGAUUCGCGUGCAAGGAGUUUCGAGUACCCUACAUAAAUGGGUGCAAAGAUGCCUUGGCCAUCCUCCUCUCCUUCCAAUGUCGUCGAAGUAGUGUUCUGCCGCACCAAGUGUGAUAAAAUGGCUGUUAUUCAUCAGGAUUACUAUUUCCAUCACAACCGCAAAUAUAAGGGAGGUGAUUAUUGGUGUUGCGCUCAACGUGGAUGCAAAGUCCGUCUGAUUAGCAGUCGCGUCGAUCACGAGACCGGACGGAUGGAAUUCUCUCGUCGUAACAAAGCGAUCCAGCAUCUACAUCCACCGAAUGCACCAAAUCUCAUUGAAAAAGAGUUUCGUCGUCAGCUGGUCACGCAGUUUGAUAGAGUUACAGCCAGUGAAUCGGGUUCGCCACAACCAGCCACUGCUGCUUCAGUACGUUUAGUAUACGAUCAACUGCGUCGUCAGGCAAUGGAACGUGGCGUACCAGAGCCUCUGAUUCCCUCGUUUUGGAAUGUACGUAGUACUAUGUACCGAAUUCGUCGCAAGCGGGAAUUGCUCCAUACUUCACCUAGUGAAGCAUCUGAUCCCGAAAGAAGAGAGAAUAAUGGAGCUUCAGCUGGAGAAGGAUCUGCUAGAUCAGAACCAGAAUCUCCAAACUCGUCCACUGAAGCAUCGGCUAGCCCAAUGCAAACGGAACCUUUAUGUCUUGUCACUUGGAAGAAUAAUGCUCUUCCGGAGCCACAACAUCAGUAUCAUCGUGAUCUUGCUCGCCCGCAUCCUUCCCCGAUCCUGUUUCAAACUCUUCAGACGCCGGGCACAUCCCCUCCUGUUCCGUCCAUCUAUCAACAGCCGUCGAUGCAGUUUCAAACUACAAGUGCUAUUACUCCAAUCCCGCCAAUCGAUCCGAAUAUUCUACGCUACUCUAGUCAUUUUUUGCCCAGCUUAUUUGCUCCUAUUGCUUCAGGACAGUCAUCGGAAAUAUUGCAAUAUUACGCAGCCAUGCAUGGCGAAUAUUUGCGCUCGCUCAUCGCUCUCAGCUGUUAUCCUCCUGCUUAAUCACCGUUAAUUGCUUCGCUCUACUCCUUAUUGACGCUCGCUAAUGAUAAAAAAAUUGACGAUGGACGUCUCGUUUGGAACAUUUCAACAUAAUUGAAUACAAUCCGAUCAACAGCACGUUGUCAAGGUGAUGGCGUUUCUCGAAAAAAAUGCAUAAAGCUGCCCAGUAGCGGGACCGUGACGGACUAUGCAGACAUGACUGGGCUAAGGAAUCGGUUCAACGAAUCAGCCUCUGGUCUUCAUCGUCUCCUCCGCUUUCUUGGUCUUGAUUCUGCUAUCGGAUCUAGCAAAUGGAAAACCAAACUUUGGGGCAGCAUUGUUUUUUUGGUUAUGUCUCAAGCUGGCCUGUACGUGUUCGUUAUACGUUCUCUUGCUCAUUUUAAAGGUUUCCUCGUCGAACUGUUUGCUACCAUUACCUUGUUGGGUCGCCUCGCCCGCGUUGCCAGCGUCAGCAUCAUACACCUGGUUUUACUUCUAAAAUUGGACCGAUUUCUGGACUCAUUUUGCAACCAACUAAAUCUGGUUGAUUUACAAUUAUGCCUGCCUAAUUUGUCCGGAGUUCGUCGUUUCACCACCGCCGGAGUAGUUUGGACCCUUUUAGUGUGUAACAGUCAUGCUAUUUGCGCAACGUACGUGGAGCUUGUUGAAAGUGACAGAAAACAUUCCAUCUCUCUACUGGAAAGGCUGCAGCAAUUCGUUCGUCUAGAGGGUUAUAUGAUUAUAGAUGGUUCUAUUGUGAUCUUCUGCACUUGCGGAGAACUGUUGGUCAUCUUUUAUCGACAACUGGCUGAGGACGUAAUUGUUCG